CUCUCUCUCUUGUCCGUUAAACCAAAUAAAGCAAAGCAAAUAAAUCCCAACCUCCCCAUUCCCUCCACCACCACUGUGGACCGCCGCCGCCGCCGCCAUUCCUCACUUUGCACUCUUAGUUUGUCGGAAACUCAUGAAACUCUAAAAAUAAAAACAGUUACCGAGAGAGCUCAUCACGCUCUCCAAUUACUUUCUUUAAGAAAUAAAAUCUUCUUUUAGGGUUUUAACGGGAUCUCCUUUGUUAUAUAGUGAGAAUGUACGUGGUUCCGCCACCUCAGCGAUCCGAUCCAGGAUCCGCUGGCGGCGGUUCGGGUGAUUUACGGGUUUAUCAAACUUGGAAAGGCAGUAAUAUAUUUUUUCUUCAAGGGAGGUUUAUAUUUGGACCAGAUGUAAGAUCACUUGCGCUGACUAUAUUCCUGAUUGUUGCUCCAGUUGCCGUUUUCUGCAUCUUUGUUGCCAGAAAACUGAUGAAAGAUUUUUCUGAUCACUUGGGAAUAUCAAUAAUGGCAGUUGCUGUCGUAUUUACCAUUUAUGUUUUAGUUCUUCUCCUGCUAACAUCUGGAAGAGAUCCUGGAAUUAUUCCACGUAAUGCUCAUCCUCCAGAACCUGAAGGCUUUGAUGGGACUGCAGAUGUUGGUGCUGGUCAAACUCCACAGUUGCGUUUACCACGCAUUAAGGAGGUAGAAGUCAAUGGAGCAGUUGUGAAGAUUAAAUAUUGCGAUACUUGCAUGCUUUACAGGCCUCCUCGCUGUUCACAUUGUUCAAUUUGCAAUAAUUGCGUAGAACGUUUUGACCACCAUUGUCCUUGGGUUGGGCAAUGUAUUGGUUUGAGAAAUUAUCGAUUCUUCUUCAUGUUUGUCUUCUCAACGACCCUUCUCUGUAUAUAUGUUUUCGCAUUCUGCUGGGUCUACAUUAGGAGGAUCAUGGGAUCAGAGAACACAUCAAUUUGGAAAGCAAUGAUCAAAACUCCUGCAUCCAUUGUUCUAAUAGUUUACACUUUCAUAUCAAUGUGGUUUGUUGGAGGCCUUACUGCCUUCCAUUUAUAUCUCAUCAGUACAAAUCAGACUACUUAUGAGAACUUCAGAUAUCGAUAUGAUCGGAGAGUAAAUCCCUAUUAUAAAGGUGUGGUUGAAAACUUUAAAGAGAUCUUUUGCUCCAGUAUUCCUCUGUCCAAGAACAAUUUCAGGGCAAAGGUGCCAAGAGAACCUGCCUUACCAACGCGACCAAUUGGCGGAGGUUUCAUGAGUCCUAAUAUGGGAAAAGCUGUGGAUGACAUAGAAAUGGGGAGGAAAACAGUCUGGGGAGAUAUGGGGGUUAUAGCUGAUCAUGGUGAUGGGCAACUUGCAAACAAUGAUCGCUUGAACAUAAAGGAUGGUGAAUUAGGUGAAGUAUCUCCAGAGAUAAGGACUGCAGUGGAGGAAGGGGACCGCAAUGGAAUACAUCCAAGACGAUCUAGUUGGGGAAGAAAAAGUGGAAGCUGGGAGAUGUCUCCUGAAGUUCUUGCUAUGGCAGCCAGAGUGGGAGAACCGAACCGUGUGGGUGGGAGCAGUAGUGUUAGUGUGACAACUGAGAAUAGACAAUCAUAGCCAGAGGUUUUUCUCGCAAAAUGUUUAGGAGAUGGAAGUGGAUUUGAUAUGUUGAGUACAGGGUGGGAUCAUCGAGUCCAUGCUUCAUCUUUGACGUCCAUGCUAGGGAGGACCUUUUUGGUGGUUUUUUUUAAAGCGUUGGUUUGUCCAUUGUUCGUUUAGGGGGGGGUGUGAUGGAAUGGUGUACUGCUGUAUGAGUGAGCUGUUUUUUUUUUUCGGUUUUGGUUUUGUCAUUGUGAAAUUAGUUAGCAUCUAAUUUAAUUUCAUUUUACUUGAGUAACCAGAAACUGUUGUUUUGGCUCUCUCUCUCUCUCUCUCUCUCAAAUUGGGGACUGAUAUUUGGUCUUGCCACCUUUCUGACUCCAUCUUAGUUGAUUAGGGCGAUUAAUGAAUGCGAUGCAGAACUUGGACAUGCCAUCAUUUGCUUUUUCUUAUA